AUGGUGCUCGGCAGGGCAUGGUGGUUGUGCUGCGUCCGGUGGCUCUGCUCUUGGUUGGCCUUUGUUGGAUCUGGCUUCUGGCGCCGGUGUUUGGCCGUUGUUGGUCUCCGCGAGGUGCAGUUGCGUGCGGCGGCUGCGGUCUCUUCGUCCAUGGGUUGGUUUGUUGGUGGUGCUGGUGGACUUGCCGAAGUCGAUGCAAAAAUGAUGUGCGACCGAGGGGGUGUGGAGCUUGGAGAAGACAAGAUCGAGAAGCUCAUUCUCAAGAAGUUCUCGAAGUUCACGAAGAGCAAGGAUGACAAGACAGUUGUUCAUGAGGAGUACAGGUCCGACGGCGAGGAGAACAACGAUGGGGAGAAUGUGGGUACAACUGUCGUUAUUGUGCAAUCCACUUCCUCCCCCUCUACCGCCGGCCUCUUUGAUGCCCCCAACGAGAACAAGCCCAUCACUUAUCGGUGCCUCAUGGCUAAAGAGUACUAUAUAGCCCGCCACGCACAGCCAAGCGAGACACUCUCAAAGUUCCCAUCGCCGAUCUCCACUUCUCCAGGAGCCGCACGAAACGACAUGGUGGCUACGAUCGAGGACCUGCACGCGGACGUGCUGGCCUGCGCGCUGCGCCGCCUCGACGGCCGCUCGCUGGCCGCCGCGAGCUGCGCCACGGCGGGGCUCCGCGCGCUCGCCGCGGACCCGGACACGUGGCGCGCGCUUUGCCUCGCCGAGUGGCCGUCCCUCGCGGCCCAGCACUGGCUCCUCUCCGCGGUGCCGCCGCGCCGCCUCUUCGCCGACGCGUCCCCUUUCCCUUGCCCGGACGCCGGGGAGCCCGGCGCCGGCGGCCUCCCCGCGAGGCUCGUCUCCGCGGUGGACGUGUACUACAGGGGCGAGCCCGUGCUGUACCGCGUCGUGGAGACGCCCGCGUCGUCGCCGUGGUUCCUCAGCUCGCCGUUCCGCGUCGAGGCCGUGGACUGCAAGAAGCCGGCGCCGGUGGCGGCGGCGUUCUCCCCGGCGGAGUUCGAGCUGAGCUGGGUGGUCGUCGACCCCGCCCGCGGCCGGGCGGUGAACGUGUCGAGCAGGCGGGCGGUGGCCCUGGGCCGGCACUGGUACACCGGCGAGAUGCUGGUGCGGUUCGCGGUGGUGCUGGGAGGGUGCAACUUCGAGACCACCGUGGCCUGCUCCGAGGAGGCCGGGCACGUCAGCGAGGUCAGCCUCGCUGUGGAGAACGCCGACGGCGCGGCGGUGAGCGGCGAGGGCGCCCUCCGGCUGCUCGCCGCGGCAAUGGAGGGGCGGAGGAGGGGAGGCGAGAGAGAGCGGGAGGAGGCCAAGGCGAGGUACGAGGUGUUCGUCAAGAGCAAGAAGGGGAGGAAGGAGAGCAAGGCGCGAAGAGAGGUGCUCGUUGACCUGUGCUGCUCCGCCGCCAGCGCUGUCGCCGUGCUGGCCUUCUUCGCCACCGUCGUGCUCCGGUGACAAGUUCUUUUUGCCACCGACGGGCGGAUCCAGCAAUGAGUUCAUUCAUGCAUGAUGUAGGUGCACAGUAGGCAUCAUGCGGGAAAUGAAUUGUUUUGUGUAAGAUUCCUAUAUGGUAUUUCUGCGCUCCAAAUAAGACGGCAUCAAAGCAAGAACUAACGUGUAUUUACAUCUUCUCCCUGGCAGCUAGAGUGUGUACAUCCAUUCUAGUGACAAAGUUUUCCUCCUAAUAAAUUUAGGUGAAAAUGACAGAGAAGUGGAGAGACAGAAAAAUCUGCCAUGCAA